AACGAUUGUAAACUGAAUACUUCUCAUAGUUCAUAAUCCUGCCAUCGCGGUUCAUCGGUGCCCCUAAAUUCUUCUUGUUCUUCUAGAUUUCCUUCAAAAUCCCCUGUAUCGCAUCCUGUCACGACAAAGAGGCGUCAUGUUAGGCGCCGUGCCGGCCGAGGCUCUGCCUCUGCCCCGCGACGCAAGCAGCAAGGGCUACGGCGCCAAGCACCUGCAGCCGCCGCUGCCGCCGCCGAAGCAGCAGCCUGAUGUCGAGGCCGAGAGCGGGUGGUUCGAGGAGGAGAUCGACGACGACUUCAAGCUGUGCUACGCUCUUAACAGCGUGCUGCACCGAGGGGCGAGCAAGUACCAGGAGAUCGUGCUCAUCGACACGAAGCAUUUUGGCAAGGCUUUGAUAAUCGACGGGAAGAUGCAGAGCACGGAGAUGGACGAGUUCAUCUACCACGAGUCCUUGAUACACCCACCUAUGCUCUUCCAUCCAAACCCGAAGACAGUCUUCAUCAUGGGAGGCGGCGAGGGCUCUGCGGCAAGGGAGGUACUGAGGCACAACACCGUUCAAAGGGUGGUCAUGUGCGACAUAGAUCAGGAGGUAGUGGACUUCUGCCGAACGUACCUGACGGUGAACCGCCAAGCGUUCAGCAGCGAAAAGCUCUGCCUCAUCAUCAAUGACGCCAGGGCUGAGCUGGAAAAGAGCAAGGACAGGUUUGACGUGAUAGUAGGAGACCUGGCAGAUCCAGUGGAAGGAGGCCCCUGCUAUCAGCUGUACACCAAAUCGUUCUAUGAGCUUAUCGUAAAGCCCAAGCUUAAUGACCUCGGAAUCUUCGUCACCCAGGCUGGACCUGCUGGUGUUCUCACUCACAAACAAGUCUUCUCAUCGAUUUACAACACCCUUAGGCAUGUCUUCAAAUAUGUUCAAGCUUACACUGCGCAUGUUCCAUCCUUCGCAGACACCUGGGGCUGGGUCAUGGCCUCGGACCAUCCAUUCGAUCUCACUGCUCGGCAGAUCAACGAGAGAAUCAGUGACAGGAUCGAGGGCGGAGAGCUCGCCUACCUGAGCGGGGAGUUCUUCAUUUCCUCCACCACAUUGAACAAGAGCGUUCAUCAGUCGCUGCUGAACGAGACCCAUGUAUACACAGAGGAUGAUGCCAGGUUCAUCUACGGGCAUGGAAGGGCAUGUCACGCUGUCAGUUCAUAGGUAGUAAUACCUCCUAGUUGUAAGCCAGUGCCAAAGUUAUAGUGGCAAAUGACGGCCUGCUUGAAGGCUCUGCAUCCCACGUUCGGCAGAUGAGAUCAGUCAGGGCAGUAGGAUAUGCAUCACGUUCUGGGAGUUUUGGCCUCAAUGUUCCAUUUGCAACGUUCAGCGCAAUCUGUGAAACAACAUUACAAAGUUAUUAGCAUGUCAGCUACUACUUACUUAUGAACAAAGUAUCAGCCCAGGGAUAGCACAAUUUUUCAAUCGAGAAAGUUGAGAAUGCAGCUAGGCUCUGCCAAGUAAAA